AUGGACGCCUCCAUGGUUGCAAACGUGUUGGGCGGGACUUUUAGUUGCCGCCAAAAGUCUCUCCUCAACGUUUCCUGGUGGAGCCUCCAGUUCCACAAUAGACGGGUUAUCACAUUGAGUAGUCUAGGAUCGGAAGUUGCCCAAGGAGCAGAGCCUUGUCCUCUGGCACCUCUGGAGUCUGAGGUAUCCUUGUGUGACCCGCUGCACGUCUGGUUCAAAGACGCCCCCAGCGUCCCUGUCCCCUACCAACCCGCAGAGUGUGAUGGCAGCCGCCGAGGCAGGACCGCAGACCCAGUCUUCCGAGAGUCUUUGGAGCCGCAGGGUCGUGGGCCGCCAAAGGACCGGGUGGAAUUUAAGGACGUGGCUAUCAACUUCUCGGAAGAAGAAUGGACACUUCUUGAUGACUCUCAGAGGCUCCUGUACUGCAGUGUGAUGACGGAGAUCUUUGACCUCAUGGCCUCAUUGGAACUCAUACCUCCUGGGGUCUGUGACAUCACUCAGCUGGAGUCUUCAGGAGGUCCCUUUACCCCUACACUGAGAUUCAAGGCUUCAGGAUGUUGGAACAGAGAGAUGUCACCCAUUGAGCGGAACACUUCUCCUGAGGAAGGGAUUGAUCCAACCACGCUUGAACGGCAAAAGCAGAGAUGUGCUAAGAAACCCCUACAAAGGAAACAGGUCAGGAUUCCAGCUAUGAAGACUGGCAGAAGUGACCCUCCAGAGAAGACAUCACAAAGCACAGACCAUGUGAUGGAUUUCCAGGACUCAAGUCUUCUUGGGUCUCAGGUGACUCCCAGCACUGGGCAGCCACACAGAAGCUCUGAGAAUGCAGAGUCCAUUCAUUCUGAGGAUGGAAACCACAGAUGCAGUGACUGUGGCAAAACUUUUAGUCAUAAGUUCGGGCUUAUCCGACACCAGAAAAUACACACUGGAGAAAGGCCUUUUAAGUGCCGUGAAUGUGGGAGAGCCUUCCGGCAAAAUGCCCAUCUCAUUGUGCACUUGAGAAUCCACACUGGAGAAAAGCAUUUUAAAUGUAGCGAAUGUGGAAAAGCUUUCCGUUAUAAAAGCUCUCUCACUCACCAUUUGAACACCCACAAUGGAGAAAUGCCUUAUAAGUGUAGCAAAUGUGGGAAAUUAUACAGGAACAAGUCCAGCUUGGUGUGCCAUUAUAGAGUCCAUACCGGGGAAAAGCCCUUUGAGUGCACUGUAUGUGGAGAAUCAUAUAAGAACAGAGACAGCCUUGCAAGUCAUUAUCGAUUUCAUACUGGUGAAAAGCCUUUCCAGUGUAGCAAUUGUGGAAAGUGUUUCAUCCAAAAAUCUCACCUUGUGAAACACCAAAAAGUACACAACAAGCCCUUCGUGUGCAGUGAGUGUGGGAAAGUCUUCACUUCAGGUUACAGCCUCGUUCGACAUAAGAGAGUUCACGACACAAGAAAGCAAUAUGAAUGCACGGAAUGUAACAAAGUGUACUGCCAUAGCUCUGGCCUCUAUAAACAUCGCAAGGUUCACAGCAGAUAG